GGCUGCCGUGGGGAGGGAUGGAAAGGGGAGGGGGGAGCGGAGCCGAGCGGAGACAGCCGCGGCGCUGCAGAGCGGCUGGGGCGGCGGCGCGGCUCCCGGUGCUCCCCCCGGCACGCACCCCGAGUCGGUGAGGGCCGGGCCCCGGCGGCCCCUGGAGCCAUGGGCUGCAUCGGCUCGCGGACUGUGGGGAAUGAGGUGAUUGCAGUGGACUGGAAAGGCCUCAAAGAUGUCGAUCAGAUCAACAUGGACAGCACCAGCUCACUGCAUGGUAGCAGCCUCCAUCGACCAUCCACAGAGCAAACACGAACAGAUUUCUCCUGGGACGGCAUCAAUCUUUCCAUGGAAGACACCACUUCCAUCCUCCCGAAGCUUAAGCGAAACUCUAAUGCCUAUGGCAUUGGGGCCCUGGCCAAGUCAUCAUUCUCAGGGAUCUCGAGGAGCAUGAAGGACCAUGUGACAAAGCCUACAGCCAUGGGGCAAGGCCGGGUGGCCCACAUGAUUGAAUGGCAGGGCUGGGGAAAGGCUCCAACAAUUCAGCCACAACACAGCCACGAGGCUGUGCGCAGGGAUACAGAUGCUUACUCUGACCUCAGCGAUGGCGAGAAGGAGGCACGUUUCCUAGCAGGGGUUAUGGAACAGUUUGCUAUUUCUGAGGCUACACUUAUGGCCUGGUCUUCCAUGGAUGGUGAGGACAUGAGUGUCAAUUCUACCCAGGAGCCACUGGACUGCAACUACAGUGACAACUACCAGGAGCUGAUGGAAAGUCAGGAUGCGUUAGCUCAAGCCCCCAUGGAUGGAUGGCCUCACUCCUAUGUGUCACAGGGGAUGUACUGUCUGGGAUCAUCGGAUGCCUGGGAAGCAAGUGAUCAGUCCCUCAUUGCAUCUCCAGCUACAGGAUCCUAUCUUGGCCCUGCAUUUGAUGACUCACAGCCCAGCCUGCAUGACAUGGGGCCUUCCCAACCUGCUUCAGGAUACUCUGCUCAGGAGCCUCCACCUUUGUUGGGGGUGGACAGUGACUGGGCACCAGAGGUUGGUGGGGUGGACCUGGCCAGGGGACCUGUAGAGGAAGAGAAGAGACCACUGGCCCCUGAAGAGGAAGAGGAUGCAGGAUGCCGGGAUUUGGAGUCACUUUCCCCACGAGAGGAUCCAGAGAUGUCUACUGCUCUCAGUAGGAAGGUGUCUGAUGUCACAUCCUCAGGUGUGCAGUCCUUUGAUGAGGAGGAUGGGGAUGCCAACAACUAGCUUCUUCCUACCCCACUCCGACCUGAGGGGCAUGGCUGCAGCCCAUACCCUCCCAAGCUCCAGCAGCACAGAUUAAACCCGGGCAGAAGACAGCAGGGAACCGGGUGCUUCCAGCCCUCACCAGGCCUCUAGCAGCCCUGUAAAGUGAAGGACCAGAAGGGGGUUUUAUCUAGGCUUGCGCUUCAGAAACCAUCAUUCCAGGAACUGGGACCCAGGCAAUUAGAUGGCAUCGUGGUGGGAGAUGAGCCACGGCUGUGGCUCUUGGGUCCAUGCCUAGGUCCGUCAUGCUGAACACUGAAUCUCAGUUUUUACACCCCUGAUUUCGUCUUCCAGGAGCCUUGGCUGUGCUGUCUGAAUGCCUCCUUUCUCCAUUUCACUCUUGCUUUCCUGAUUCUGUUUUCUCUGGCCAUGGCUCCAGUGCAUCCCCACUGUGGGAAGCAGGCCUCAGGGGCUGUUGGACAUGGCUUGGCGGGUACAGCAGAGUGGCCUGAAGGGCUCUUCUGUGUUUAGCACAGACACUGGGCCCGAUUCAGGCAAUCUUUGGCUUUUGAAAUCAGGAGCCAAGGAUGAGGUGGACGUGGCAGCUGGGAUUGACAGGGGUCAGAGUAUGAUUCUUUAUCCUAAGGCCUGCUCAGAGACAAGAGGGUCACUGAUGAGACAAAGGAAAAACAGCCACUUGAAUGUCCCAUGGCUGGAAGGAGGACCUUAAGGAUCUGGGGGAAGGCCGGUGGGGUUGGCACUCCAGUUCUGGCUUCCCUUUCUGCCUUCUUCCAUCUGGCGCCCAGCCCUGAGGAGCAUGAGCAUCUCAAAUUGUUGACCUAGGAUGCAGUGUCCCCCCCAGUGGUGGCACUAUGAGGGUGAGGCCCCCUCUACCUUCCCCUAAUUCUCUGGAGCUGUUUACACUUUUCUCUUUGCCUUUUCUACAUUUUUAUAACUUGUUGGGGACUCAGGGUUGAGCAGAGUGGAGCGGGAGUGUGGUGCUGUCACUGCCUUGGCUGGGAUAGCUUGCGGCUGAGGGCCAGGGGGGACACUGGCUGCUUGUUUGUCAGCUAUUCCCAGGGGUCCUCAACCUGGUGGUCCUUACACGACUGCUUGUCGUGAGACACAAGCUGCCUGUCCCCUUUUCCCUUUGAUUUGGAGUGGACUGUGGGGGCAGGGAGCAAAAGCAAGUCGGUGCAGUAUUGCCAUGAGGGUGCAGCUGCAGCUGCAAUUGGCCCUUGGCAAAAGCAGAGUUUUGAUAGGAGAUGUCCAAGCUUGUCACUCUAUAUUUCUCCUUCUGUCUGUCCAUGGCUCCAGUUCCAAGGCCGUGUGUCCUACUGUAAUGUCAGGGGUCCUAAGCUGCUCCCUCACCCACAGACAUGACGAGGCUCAGCACUGGAGUGAUUCUUUUCAUCUGUGAUGCUGUCCUGUGCCACAUUCAUACAAUAAAGUGUAACCAGAGUAGGUAUCCCACAUCCUACUGGGGAGAAGGACACAUGGGAUCCUGAGGUCUGUUAAUGUAGGAAACAUGGGACUAAACCUAGAGAGCCAAGGUAGGUGAACAGUCACUUACCUCAUCUAAUGCUGCCUGAAUGGGAGAAGAUACCUCGUGUUCACUAGUAUGCUGUGGUUUAGCAUAUCAGGACCUCAUUUCUAGGACUAGGAAGGGCUAGCCUGCCAACCCUGGCAACUACCCCUAACCCCUGGUCUCCUGUCUUAGCCCCCUGGGACUUUGCAUGUUCAAGCUAACCUACUCCCAGGGUCUCUUUGCCUUGUCUGUCCUGCUCUAUCAAAAUGUUUGUCUCAUCUCAGUGCCCCCAUAUUCUUCCCGUAGGUGAUGGUAGACAUGGAGUCCAGAGAGCAGGUUUAUUCAUUUUGGUUCCCUUUUGCUCAGGGCCCCAGAGAGUUGGGAAGACUAAACUAAAGCAGCUUUCUUUCCUCCUUCCAUUCCUCAAGGAAGCCAAAUGGUCCCUAAUGAAAGACCACAAAACACCUGAAGGAACCUAAUAGGGUUUGUGCCCACGCAGGGGCUUGGUUUCCCCAGGAGGCUGGCACACUGCCACAGAGGCAGGUGAGACCCACCCCACUCUGAAGAAGACUCAAGGAGCUGGCCCAGGACCAUUUUGAACUCUUUUCAAGGGAGAGACCACCUCUCGGUGCUGGGGCAGGGUGCAUGGGGGUUUGCUUCUAGCCUACUUUAAGGGGAGGGGGGGCA